AUGAGAAAAACAUUCAUGGCUGUUCAGUUACCUAUAACGCUGGAAUUUGUAUCUGAAGCUGAAAAGUCAAUCACUGUAGCAAAAAAGGAAUGGCGCUGUGGUAUUGUUCUAGUAAACAGUUCCAAAAACUAUAGACAGUUUGCUGCUCCAAUAGUAACUCCAGCCGUCGCACUCAUUACCCACACCUCCCCAAAAACCACAAAUCCACAACCCUCGUACUCAUUACCCACACCUCCCCAAAAAACCACCACAAAUCCACAACCCUCGUACUCAUUACUCACACCUCCCCAAAAAACCACCACAAAUCCACAACCCUCGUACUCAUUACCCACACCUCCCCAAAAAACCACCACAAAUCCACAACCCUCGUACUCAUUACCCACACCUCCCCAAAAAACCACCACAAAUCCACAACCCUCGCACUCAUUACCCACACCUCCCCAAAAAACCACCACAAAUCCACAACCCUCGCACUCAUUACCCACACCUCCCGAAAAACCACCACAAAUCCACAACCCUCGCACUCAUUACCCACACCUCCCGAAAAACCACCACAAAUCCACAACCCUCGCACUCAUUACCCACACCUCCAAAAAAACCACCACAAAUCCACAACCCUCGCACUCAUCCACGCUGCUGACACCAGCACCUUUCAGCAGUAUUGGCAUUCAUUUCCCUCGUCGUAAACGUCAAACCUCAAGUCCGCAGUACUCGCAUUCAUUACCCACGCCUCAAAUGCCACACAUCCUGGAUUCUCAACGUUACAUGCAUUAUCGAAUAACUCAACCAUAUGAAGAUGCACUUUUCUUUCCAAUAGUCGCACACCGUUUCCUCACCUCAUUCUACUCUGGUAUUACUCCAUCCAUUGCUUCUCCACACAUAACUGCUAAUACCAACUUCCCUUAA